CUACUCUACACCUCUCAGAGUAGGGGCCGGUGCGCACGCCGUGAAGAUGCGCACCCCUUUCUUCCCAUCUUCUUCUACUCCCUGAUUUUGAAUCCUCUAAGGAGAAGGAUUACAAUGCAAUCCGAUUUUUUAAAGAGUAUAUAAUCAAUCCUACUUCCAUCUCCAAUAUCGAUUUUCAGAUUCAUUUAGGAAUCAAUGGGGAAAAAGAUGAAAAGGAAGACACGAAGCGCAUAUAAGGAUAAGCGAGUUUCCUCCAAUUCUCUACUUAGCAUUUCAGAGCAUUCAAAUCCGACAGUUGAGAUUAUGAACGAGGGAGUUUCGGCAGGAAAGGAGAGAAAAGCAUGCAAUCACAUUGCAUGUAAUCACAUUGAUAACAGUGUGGAUUUGGAUAAGAUUUCAUGGAACAUCAGUUCUUCGGACAACCUUAAGUGUAAAGAUUGCAGGGAUGGCCACGGUGUUGAUAGGAGAGCAGGUAAAGGAAAGGGCAAACAGGCUAGGAAGAAAGGAACGGGAUCUGCAGACACGAAAUCAGAACUGAAAUGUCUAUGGGUCUGUUUGUCUUGUGGACAUGUUGCGUGUGGAGGGGCUGUCGGGGAUUCAACACCCCUAAGCCAUGCUCUCCGGCAUGCUAAACAAACCCGUCAUCCUAGUGCCGUUCAACUUGAAGACCCGCUUCUCUGCUGGUGCUUUUCAUGCAAUUCAUUGAUUCCAGUUGAAAAACCGGAGGAGAAUGGUGGAAGGAACAACAUCUUAUUCCAAGCACAUGAAUUGAUUAAGGGGUGGUCAAUGAAAGGGGCUGUUGUGGAUGUCGAGGAUGUGUGGUUUGGUGGUGGAAAUGUUGAAGAAAGAACAACGACAGAAAUCGGUGAAUCUUCAAUUUCAAAUACAAGAGGUUAUAAGGUAAGAGGUCUGCCUAACCUUGGAAAUACUUGCUUCUUUAACUCAGUCAUGCAGAAUCUUCUUGCGAUAGAUCUUUUGCGGGUAUAUUUCAUGGACUUGGACCGGUCCGUUGGACCUCUGACGAUGGCUUUGAGGAAGCUCUUCACAGAAACGAAUAUUGAAGUGGAUUUCAGAAACGGCACAAAUCCCAAAUCCCUUUUUGGGUGCAUAUGUUCCAAGGCUCCCCAGUUUAGGGGAUAUCAGCAACAGGACAGCCACGAAUUGCUCCGAUAUUUACUUGACGGGUUGCAUACUGAGGAGUUGAGUGCCAGAAAAUCAUUCACUUCCUCUAGUGAAGAUGGUGUCGCUUCGAAUAUGGGUCCCACUUUUGUGGAUGUUAUUUUUGGGGGCCAACUCUCUAGCACAGUUUGUUGUACAGAAUGUGGGCACUCAUCAAUAGUCUACGAGCCGUUUUUGGAUCUAUCACUGCCAGUCCCAACGAAGAAACCUCCACCCAGAAAAGCUGUCAUUUCUCAACCCAAGAAAAAAAAGCAGCCUUUGAAGGAACAACGGAAUAAAGGUGGAAAAAAUCGAGAAAGUAAGAAUGCCGAUACUGCUCCAUUAUCAGCUCAAUGUGCAACAAGAGGUGUUAGUUUGCCAUUAGAAUGCCGCGAAUCUUCUAGCACUCUUCCUUCUGGUGCUCUUACUUCUAUUGCGCCUGCUAAGGAGCAAGCCGCUGCUUUGGUCACGGAUGAUAACUUACCGUGGUUGGAUUUCAUUGGACAGGAUACACCUACAGAACAAACAGUUGCUUUGGCAGCAGCUGAUGAUUCAUUGUGGUUGGAUUACAUUGGACAGGAUACACCUAAGGGAGAAACAGCUUCUUUGGCAGCAGCUGAUGGUUUAUCAUGGUUGGAUUAUAUUGGACAGGAUACAGCAUUUGACGAUGCAAGUUCAGUUUCUCAGAGUUAUGAUAUUUCGGCUGUUCAAGAUUCCGAAUGCAAGCAAGUCUUUCAAAAUGAGGAUACUACACAAUAUAGUAUUGAAUUGCCAAGUGAUGUUUGUACGUUGGAUAUGGAGCCAAAAGCAGGAAUAGAAUCUGUGGAGAAUCGUUGCAUUGAUGAACUCCCUUUACAUGUUCAAGAUUCCGAAGUUUUGUUGCUUCCUUAUAAAGAUGAGGUUUCGGCUAUGGGAGAGAGAGAGGGAAUGACGCCUGACUGUCAAAAUCCCACAAUUGUGGCAUCCGAAGAUGCUCCAAGUAAGGAUCUCAUUGAAGCAGCCUCAUCUAUUAAUGGCUGGGGUGAAGCUGAACAAGACUUUGAUGGCUUUGGUGACUUAUUUCAUGAGCCGGAGACGGUUUCUGAUCCCAAGAUGGAAUCUAGUUUAGGUGACCUGAGCUUUCAAGCAAAUGACGAGAUGGAAACGGCUUUAUUAGCCGGAAAUAGCAGUGAAUCUAAUCAAGAUGAGGUAGAUAACACAAAUGCUCAAGUAUCUAUCGAUAGUUGCUUGGCUUAUUUCACAAAACCUGAGCUUCUUUCUAAUGAGCAUGCAUGGCAUUGUGAGAGCUGUUCUAAGAACGUGCGAUGCCAAAGGAUGGAAGCUAGAAAUGGCGAAAAGCAAGUUGUUAGUAGGGAUAAGCAGUCAAAAACAUUAAAGUCUCGGACCAAUAGAGGCGGAUCGAAAAGUAAAAAUUCUCCAACUGGGUUAGAUGAAGGCCGUCUGAGUUCUGCUACAUUCAAAACCUUAGACGAUGAAAAGCCGGCAAGCAGUUCAACUUCUGCAACUACUGUCCAAACAGCACAUCCACAUCUCGUAAGACUGGAUGUCUCUGAUGCAAGUGCUGCUCAGAAACUGCUCGGUCCUACUGGUGAAGAAUCAACUUACACUACACAUGAACUCAGACGGUCGGGAAAUGACAUGGGCGAAGAGCUUUUGUCCAAUGGUGUCGCUGAUCAUGCUGAAAUUUCUUGGAGGGAUGAUGAUCUUGGUGCACGGAACCACGCUCCUCAAGACCUACCACACACUUCGCUUAACGAUCAAGCUAGCUUCCAAUCGGAUGGUAGCAAAACGAUCCAGCUUAGUUCUAGAGACAAGGACAGCUUUUGUGAGGUUGAUCAAGUGCGACAAAAAGAGUCCCAUUCGUCACAUGGAGGACAUGAGACGGACGACAGUGAGGUUGAGGAAAUCAACAGUGGAAGUGGGAAGGUCAAGAGAGAUGCAACUAAAAGAUAUCUUAUUAGUAAGGCCCCACCUAUUCUAACAAUUCAUUUAAAGAGAUUCAGCCAAGAUGCUCGUGGUCGAUUGAGUAAAUUAAGCGGACAUGUGAGCUUCAGAGAUACGCUUGAUCUUUGGCCUUAUAUGGACCCCGGGUGCGAAGAGAAAGAGAAGUGUAGGUACCGCCUCGUGGGGGUGGUGGAGCAUUCGGGGACCAUGAGAAGUGGACAUUAUGUUGCAUAUUUCAAAGCCGAAAGCAGAGGGAACACAAUCAAGAAAGAAGACGGGACUUCGCUGUGGUUUUAUGCAAGUGAUGCCUAUGUGCGUGAGGUCUCACUUACAGAAGUACUUCAAUCCGAGGCUUAUAUUUUAUUUUAUGAGAAAAUGUAGCGUCUUAGGAAAACGGGAAUCGAAAUUCACAACCACGACCACUACUUUGUAUUAUUGUGUUUCAAAGAGAGAGGAUGGAUGAAUCUAUCAGCGGGGUCUCUUUCGGAAAGAGCAUGGUUGUAUCUAUCAGCACGGGAGUGCCCGAAAGAGAGAUGAGCAGUGUUGGAAUUUUUAUUAGGGGAAAGGAAAAUGGAAAAGAGGCGGAGAAUAAUCGUUGUGCGUGUGUGUGUUUUUUAUUUUAUUUUAUUUUAUUAUGGGGCUCCGAAGACGGUCCAUUUUUCAUGUUUUAUGGGCAAUGAGAUUGGGUGGCCCUUCAUAUUAGCAUCCUUUUCUCCUAUGAUCUAAACCAUUCAUUCAUUAGGUGCGAGGUUUCAUGGACGAAGAAAGAUCACAAUGAUCGGACAAUCCUAACCAUGGUGUAUGGUUUUUGUACCACACCAUUUUU